UUCCGACGCGAGGAGGGAGAGCGGCUGGAUGACGUCACGGAAUGGGGCGAAUGAGGGCGGCACCCGAGUGGGUGCGCAUGCGCAGUAAGGUGUUUGCCGGCCGAGCGGAGCCGGCUGCGAGGGUCUUCCCAGCGCGGGCGGGAUUUCCAGUGUUGCUUGCGGCUGGGCGCGGGGGACUAGCUGCCUUCCCGGCAGCAGGCAGGAAGCAGCAAAAAGUUUCUGAGCCCGCCAACCUGUAGCGGACGUGGAAAAAGAACGCCCCUCAAGUGUCUGGCUGAAAGAUGCCACCAAGGGAAGGGAAUUGUGGCUAGCUAAGGAGGCCAUUCUUGAUGUUGCUUCUAGAUGUCAUGUCAUCACCGAGCCCUCAGCUGCUGGUGGCAGCUGCUCAGCAGAACCUUGGCCUGGGUAAGAGACGGAGUCCACCCCAAGCCAUCUGCCUUCACUUAGCUGGAGAGGUGCUGGCUGUGGCCCGGGGACUGAAGCCAGCUGUGCUCUAUGAUUGCAACUGUGCGGGGGCAUCAGAGCUCCAGAGCUAUCUGGAGGAGCUACAGGGGCUUGGUUUCCUGACCUUUGGACUUCACAUCCUUGAGAUUGGAGAAAACAGCCUGAUUGUCAGUCCUGAGCAUGUAUGCCAGCACUUGGAGCAGGUGCUGCUUGGUACCAUAGCCUUUGUGGAUGUUUCCGGCUGCCAGCCUCACCCUUGUGUCUGCUCCCUGGACCAGCUUCAGGACUUGAAGGCCCUCGUGGCUGAGAUCAUCACACAUUUGCAGGGGCCGCAGAGGGACUUAUCUCUCGCAGUUUCCCACAGCAGGCUCCAUUCCUCAGACUGGAAUCUCUGUACUGUAUUUGGGAUCCUCCUGGGCUAUCCUGUCCCCUAUACGUUUCACCCGAACCAGGGAGAUGACAACUGCUUAGCUCUGACUCCACUACGAGUAUUCACUGCCCGGAUCUCAUGGUUGCUAGGUCAACCCCCAAUCCUGCUCUAUUCCUUUAGUGUCCCAGAGAGCUUGUUCCCAGGCCUGAGGGACAUUAUAAACACUUGGGAGAAGGAUCUCAGAACCCGAUUUAGGACUCAGAAUGACUUUGCUGAUCUCAGCAUCUCCUCUGAGAUAGUCACACUGCCGGCUGUGGCCCUCUGACUUUAACUCUCCUCUCAUACAGAAGGCCAAGAGCCCCAGGAAAACCCUGUGGACUUUUAGAAUCUGGAAAGCGAACUUACUCUGCAACUGCUGUACUCUGGUCACCAGGGUGAGUUUCUCCGCCUCUGACCUUUUUAGUCGAUCUGAAAAUGCAGUAAUGCGAGACGAAAUAAAGGAACCCAAGCCUUAAUGAACCCAGUACUUAAGGAUAGAAAUUAGUAAUAGAUGCUAUCUUGUCAUGGCCUCUAACGUGUGUCUAUUGGAAGUUGCUCUGUCUUCGUGUCACAGUUCUAAAGAGGUAAACCAGAAGCCAAGUACCUCAGGUUCUGUGCAUCAGAAAUGUUGGGUUGAUGGAGGAUUGUGUUUACACACGAUCUAGUCCUCUCUAUCAGCUGACGCAGAGGCUGUGACUGAGAGACUUUAUGCCUUGCGUGUCAACUGACCUUUCCCUUUCAAAUGAGGAAUGUGGCCUUGAUAUAUGUGACUGAUACGGGAGCAAUGUGAUCUGGCCCCGAGGGAAGGGCUAAAAAAGAGAGUUCAGACAACAAGAUGCUCUAGUAUAGUGACAUUAAUUUUCAGUUUUGGAUGAUUAAAACAGCCCCAUCUCUCCCUCAAGGUAAAAUGAUAUUAUAAAGCCAA